GAUGGUGGAGACGCUCGAAUGAUUCGAACAUUAAGUCCGUGUCGUUAUGAUUAUUCGGAUAAUAAUGAUGAUUAUGAUGCUGGAGGUUCCAGCGAACAUGGGAGCAGGUUUUUGGAAAGGACCAACCAACCAACGAAAAAUAAUCCUCUUCCACAUCAAAGUAUCUUGGAGAAAAUGCAGCACCAGCAGUUUAACUCGAGUUUUGUUUUUCCACCCGAAACCGUCGUUCAAAGCCCCGUGGUUCUUAACUCAGGCGAAGAAAGUCACGACUUUCCACAAAGAAAAAACGUGUCAAAAAAUUUCACUUUUACUUGCCCCUCGGGUGUCCCACUAGGAGUAUCACCAAAUGUUCCUAUGUCUAUGCCGCCAAAUGUACCGUUGAACAUGUUCUCCAUGGAUAAUACUCAGGCAACACAGGUUUCCCAGAUAAUUUCACCGGCGCCUUCAUCCCCUCUUUCUAUACUCGAAUACCGCGACUCCCCAACAGCGGAUGAACUGGACAUUCCUGAAUUUUUCCAGUACAGCAAAGAAAAAUACGAAAGUCAGAAGAUAGGAUGCAGGCGAAGGAGAAAAUCAUCACGCGAUGAUCACUUUGAUACGUCUUCUCUAGAUGGGGGAGAUGAUGUGGAAGACACCAACAGUACAAUGUCACACGCCGAAUUUAGGCGUCAAAUACAUAUUCAAUCAGAACAAAAGAGACGUGCUGAGAUCAAAGACGGUUUCGAGGAACUCCGUAGGCAUCUUCCAACUACUUACACUGGACGUAAAAUGAGCAAGGCGGUGUUACUACAAAAAGCUGUUUCACAUCUAAAAAAUCAAUCGAGAAAAGAAUCAUUCCUUCUUGACGAAAUUAGUCGACUAAAUCAAGCUUGUGUAUAUCUAACCGCAGAGUUGGAAAAAGAGAAAAG